UAAAUAAAUAAUUUGACUCAAAAACAAUGCAGAAAAGCUAAAUGUAGGGUUGGGGUUAUUAAAACCGUUUGGCUACAACAGAGGGAAGAGAUUAGAAAAAUAUAAGCAUAUAAACUAUUAAGAAUACUGUAAACAUGAAUUAAAAUAGCAUCCAAGUUAAAUAUAAGUACAGACAGUUUAAUCCAGAUCAUUUGUGAUAAAACUGCCUUCUUAGAAACAGUGAGAAAAACAACUGUCUUCAUUGAAGUGAAGUUCCAGACUUCCAGCUAUUUGUUAGAUAUGACAUGCUGUGUAUGUUAUAUGUCUAGUUCCUAAAAGGCAUCUUUUCUUACUUGCUUUCUUGUCAUUUUCAUCCUGUCUGUGCUGAAUGAUAACAGUUAAACGACUGUCACCGUGGAAUAGUGAUUGCCGGCCUGCACUCAGUGUACACUCAGUCUGCAGUGAACGCGCUGCAAGUUGUUCUCAGAGCCCUCAACAAUCGCAAACACAUCUAUGCCGUCAACUUAUCCGACUCGUACGCCGCCCUGAAGGCACGAGAAAGAGCUCAGAGAGAGGCUGAACGUAAACUAUGCACCAGCACAUACACAUGCAUUUAUUCAUAUAUCAGGUGUACAGAAUUCUAAAUACUGUCAGUUUUAUUUCAACUGUGUGUCUUCCAGAUGCUCUGCAGAAAGAGCGAGCAGCCAGGGAGCAGCAGAGGAUACAGGAGCUGGAUGAGGAACAAUUUGAUGCUCUGUCAGAGGAGGAGAAGAGGAGCAUCACCCAGCGACACCUGGACGCACUCAAACAGCAGAAACUCAGGGAGCAGAUGGAGAAAGAGCUGGAAGAAAAAAGGCAACAGGAGGAGAUACAGAGGCUGAGAGAAGAAGACUUGAAGAAGAAGAAAAGGUCAGGAAAGAAGGACCACAAAGAAGUAGUGAAGAAGAAGAGCUUCCUGGAGAGAAAACACGUCAGUUCAUCAGGAACCCCGAAUGGACAGAAAAUGUCUCUCUGUAACAACUCCAGAGAGUCGCUAGUGGAUGCAAAAGAGCAUUCUAAUUCAAAUGAAGUGCAUGCUGGGAAAGAGGCCGAUGAUUCACAAAAGCAGACAGAAGAAACCGAAACAUUGAAUGCAGAAUAUCCUCGACCUACAAGCAAAGUGGAAAAAGAAAAGAAUGCAGAUGCUGCAGAGAUAAAGAGGCCAAUGGAAGACAAGGAACUGAAGAAAAGCAAAAAGGUGAUGGAGAAAGAUACUAAAGAAGUACCGGAGAAGAGAAGCCUGUGUGGUCAAAAGGAGGUCUGUACUCAUGUGGCACUCAGCGACUCCUCUGUGGACCAAAUACUCAAAACCAGAUUUCACUCAUACAUUAUGUGCCAGUUACUGAUUUUGAGUUUUUUUGCUUCCUUUUUUUUUUCUUCCGGUCAACAGUUUCACCAGAUGAUCUUCGAAUGUCUGAAGACUCAUCAGUGGACACAAAAGAGCAUUGGAAUUUAAAUGAAGGUGCCAGCAAAUCAGAUCAAAUCAAAGAUGCUGAUCAGUUGCAUGAGAAGACAGAAAAAGCGAAGAAGUUACACACAGAAAGUCCUCAAC